AUGAGUCUGGAGGCAUUCCGCUUGCGUGAGUUGGUACAAGUUUGUACCAAAUUAGGAAUCGAUUUGGGGCAGACGAGAAGAAAACCGCACAUCAUAGAACUCCUUCAGGCCGAAGACGUCAGCAUUGAGGAGUUCACAGAGGCUCUGGGGGAGGUUCGCGGAGAGGAACAGGAGGAACGCAGAAAGCGGGCCGACGAGAGGGCUCUCGAGACUGCGAGAUGGGAACUCGAAAAGCGCGAGUAUAAGCGCGAAAUGGAGCGGCUCGACUACGAGUUUGAGCAGCUCGAGGUCGCGAAGAAAACGCGGGAGUUGGAGUCUUUUCGCCGGGCGACAAGAGGCGUUGAAGGGGUGACAGGGAAGGUGUGUCAGGGAAAGGAGAAAGUGGGAGCUGGGGACAGAGAGAUGACCGAAAACCAGCGUCUUUCUCCCGACACGAACGUCGCCGUUCUUCGCAAGCCCGACCCAAACUCCGAGCGCCGGGACGGUGAAAGUGACGUGGAAGCAGCGACAGAAUUGGUGUGUCAGGAAAAGAAGAAAACCGAAGCUGGGGACACCGAGGUGACCGGAAACCAGCGGGGUUCUUCCGACGCGACCGACGCUGUUCCUCGCAAGACCGACGCCGUUCCGCACAAAAUCGACCCCGAGCUGCGGGAGAAAGAAGAGAAGGCUCUUCGGGCGUCCAGCUGCGACUUCUCGGAGGACGAAGGCGACGCCAAGACGGAGACGACGCCGGGGAAGUCCAGCCAGUUCAUGGAGAGCAGCGCCAAAAUGCCGGAGAUAGCGGUCCAGCAAACAAGCCAGGGUCCUGACCGCUCUGAUCGGUACCCGUGCGGCUUCAUGACCAAGCCCACGGUGCCGUCGCAGGGGUCCAAGCGGCCCACCAGGAGGGAGGCAAUUGAGAUUUCGUUCGACGAGAUCAAUCAGUCCUGCCUGGUGCGGUUGCAGAGCCCCGACUCCAGACCAUCCACAGAGUCGAGGUGCCAGGAGAACAUCGACGAGUGCGCGUCUGGCAGCGAGUCGUCAUCGAGGUUGGAGGAUGGGAGACCCCAAGUUGGCCAUCCCAAGGGAUCUGCAACCGGCGGCGGCUGCGCGGGCAAGGGACCCGCCUGGGACACGAAGGAGCCCAGGCUGGACAAACCAGACCGGACGCAAGUGCACCUGAGGACGUCGUCGUGCUCGCGGCAUGGUGGAUCUGAGACCAAGAACUCGGAUGCAAUCAUGAACAAGCGUCCGAGACCAAAAGGGAAGAGGCAGCGCCGGAUCAGCGUUGUACGUUCUGGCAGCAACGCUUCCUGCAAAGAACGUCAAGGCAAGCACGACGAGCGCCACCCCAAGAAGAGGAAGCGGUCCUCGAAGCUGGGAGCGGGAAAACUCCAGGACCUCCAUCCCAACAAGCCACGAACCCACAGCUCAAGUGCGAGCAAGGAGCCUGGAGAAGGUACCAACGAGCCUGGGACGACUCAGCGAGGCUCCAGACGGAAGCACAGUUCAUCGCCCGUGGUUCAACGUGGUGUCACGUCGGACGUUGAGACCAAGGGAGAUCUCUGCGACUGCAACUUUGUGCCUGCACGCAAGUCCAAGGAGAAGAACGUGAACAGUCCGAGUGAUGCCAAGAACAAACAGGGCGUGGGUUAG